ACAAAGUGUAAAAGUAGUGAUAAGUUAUAGUUUGUUGUUUUUUGUAAGAGAAGCAAUUUUAAAACAUUUUUGUUUAUUUCACUUCGAAAUUAAAAUCAGUACAAACAGUGUCUCCUAAAGAAUGAAUUUCGAUGACGUGGUGGAAACAAAGGAUUCCGAAGUGGAAUGCUCACAAUCGUUGAGCACCCAUAGAGAUAUUUAAAAAAAUAUCUUAUAAUAUCAUUUGCGCCAGUAGACGAUUGUCUGAUGGUCAUUCUGCUAUAAUGUAUUAAUAUAUAAUUUAGCCAACUCAGACGCGAAUGCAAAGAACUCAGUGCCUCAUGUUACAAAAACUAUGUAAAUAAAGUUGAACAAUUGGUCAAGUCAGACCCAAAUGAAUUUUGGAAAUUUGUCGGGAAUAAAAGAAGAAAUGGCGGCGACAUUCCCUCCACCUUAUCGUGGAAUAAUCAAUCAACUAACUAUGGUGAGGAAGUCAGCAACUUAUUCGCUGCUUUCUUUAAAAGUGUAUAUCAGAUAGAGGUACAGCAGCCAGGAUUUGUCCAGGAUAUUCAUCAUGAUCGCCUACACGCGACUUUAGAUAACUUAGAGAUAUAAUCCAUCAGCUGAAUGCCAUUGAGACUCGUGUCACUGCCAUUGAAAAGACCCUAACAGACAAAAUGCCAGAAAAGGCCGAGGUGUAAAAAAAGUAUAUUAUUGCGCGUCAUAGCGGCAAAGACGCAUCAUUCAAUUAGCCGCAUCACCGGUGACUUAGAGGACGAGCAUUACGUGGAGCUCGCUUCGAAACUGUCCAUGUCAUCGGAAGAGCACGUGCGCUUCGUGGAAGACAAACUCUCAAAAAAGGAAAGCACGGAUGCUAUGAUGCGGCUAAUAUUCAAUCAAGUCAAAGGGCGCAAAAGGCAGUGUGGACGACGUACUGCGUGGUAUGUUUUCUGACGAUCUAAUGUACCAAUACAAUUUAGAGGGGCGCAAGGAGAAGGGAUCCCUACUAAAGCUAAAGGUCGUAGGGUUAUGGGUAGGUUAUUUGAAUGCCUUAAUUUAUACCGUUUCAUUUUAGAUAUAUUUCCUGAAAAAGAUAAAAAUACUAUCUGUGGGGAGCUCCAGAGAUUUGUGGCCUUAAGUCACAAAAAAGGCAUAAACUUAAGGCAAAAUUAAUAUAAGUUUUCUUAUUAUUACUUAUAUAUAUAAGUUUUAAGUUGUAAAUAUUAGCUCUAAGUUGAACAUAUUAGUUUUAAGUGGUAAAUAUUAGUUUUAAGUUGUACAAACUAGUUAACAAUAAAAAAACUGAGUUUUAUUUACAAGAAUUGAAUUUCCUAGAAGUAACAAAUUGGUAACAGAUAAUCUUGUUACUGCUUGUUCUUGCUAACAUGUUUAUAUGUUAUAGAUAACAAACUGAUAACGGGUAAUUAAUAUUUUUUGUUAUCCAUAACACAUUGGUAAGCUAUGCGCUAACAAAAAAAUUAUUUACCCGUAACAUGCUGUGAAGAGAUUUGCUAACAAAUGUACAUAUGUGUUCUGUUAGAACAAGGCAGCAUGCGAUAUUUGCCAUUGGUUAGAGCGAGAUAACCAUUGAAUCAGCAAGAGCAUCUCAGAAAUCUACGUACGGAGCUUGAUAAUCUAACUAAGGGCGGAGAUAACAGCAAGACAAUUAAAUAUAUUAAUGGGGUACCAAGGAUAGUCGAUAAGCAGGCUUUUCGUGCGCCAAAAGAAAAGCCUAAAAACUCGUAAGCUAGAUAUAUACUAUCAAAAUACUCGAGGCUUAAGAACAAAACUAAAAGAGUUCCUAAUCCCAUCAGCAGGGCAUCAAUGUGAUUUGAUUUGUGUUAGCGAGUCAUGGCUUCAUGAAUCAAUAUCAGAUAAUAAAGUGGUAGAUGAUACGUAUUUAAUAUUUAGGAAAGAUAGAGACAACCAAACAAGCAAAUGCACAAGAGGUGGAGGUGUUUUCAUAGCGGUGAAGCGAAGUAUUAAUGCUGAACUACUGCCAACUAACUGUAGUAGUGUCGAGCAAGUUUUUAUUAAAGUAAAAUGUACCGAGGGCGAUCUAGUGGUUGGAUAAGUAUGCGAGUCAUAUGUCAACAAUUUCGUAUUUGAAGGAAAAAUAUCCCAACUGUGCAUUGAUUAUUGUUGGCGACUAUAAUCUCCCCAGUAGCUGUCCUCAAGAUGAAUGUGCAAAUAUGGUAUACAGUGAGAUGAGUGUGGCUAACUGUCAACAGUAUAAUAAAAUUCGUAAUAUAAAUGAUCGUACACUUGAUUUAUGCUUUAGCAGCAUUGAAAUAUAUGUGAACAGUGCCGAGGCUAUUAUUGAUGAAGAUAAACACCACCCGGCUAUAAGUAUACAUGCUGAAAUUAAGGCCAACCUAAAAACGAACGUGGCACCGACCUAUGCAUUCAAGAAUGCGGACUACUGGGGACUGAAUUACUUCUUUUUGAGGAUUAACUGGAUUGAACUGUAUAAAUUAGUAUCACUGGAUGACAAGGUAAACUGGCUAUACGAUAAAAUUAGCGAUGGAAUUGUGCAAUUUGUUCCUGUCCAUACGAACAGGAAAAGCAAUUAUCCAUGCUGGUUCUCUAGGGAACUGAUAGGGAAAAUACAGCAGAAAAAGGAUGCGCAUGCAACAUACAAAAGAUUAAAAACCAGUUACGCCUACAAUGUCUUUCGUCGGUUGCGAUCGGAAUGCAAACGAAUCGGCAAAGGGUGUUACAACGCAUACACGUCCAGGAUGGAGGAGCUUGUACGGGUAGACACUAGUCAGUUCUGGGAAUUCAUCAAAAGCAGGAGACGGAACAAUAUGGAUAUUCCAUCCACCGUGUCGUGGAAAGAUAGUGUAGCUACAACGGGUGGGGAAGUGAGCAAUCUUUUUGCAUCUUUCUUUGGUAGCAUCUAUGCGGGGAAACUUAAUGACAAUGGGGAACCAAUGUCCCCAGCUCAAGCUGCGGAAACAUUGACUAGUUACGAUGUGAAACUAUCGGAACUCACCUUCCGCUUCGAUAAAGUGUACGAGCAAAUGUGCAAACUAGAUGGAAAGAAGGGAGCCGGACCAGAUGGAAUACCAAACAUAUUACUGAAGAGCUGUGCGGUCGGACAGGGUGAAACAGUUCACACUAUCUACACGGACUUCGACAUGGUGGAUCAUGAGCUCUUAAUAGAAAAGAUGGAUCGCUACGAAGUGGCAGGAAACGUAUUGAGCUGGUUCAACUCGUAAUUAACUGGGAGAUCCCUGCAGGUGCGAGUCAAUGGCUAUGUGUCGUCCGAGUUUAAAGUGUCUUCCGGGGUUCCACAGGGUUCCCAUCUGGGGCCAGUGCUGUUUAGCAUAUUUGUAAACGACAUUGGGACCAAAAUGUCGUCGGACUUUCUACUUUUUGCUGAUGAUCUAAAGAUAUUCAGAAAAAUAAGCACUGUGGAUGAUAUUAGCGCAUUACAGCAAGACCCCGAUAGACUUGAGGAGUGGUGCGAUAAAAAUAAAUUAAGUUUGAAUUUAAAUAAGUGCGUGGUGAUGUUCUUGUCACGGUCCUUGAGUCGUCGUACAGCAGUUUACCGUAUUGCUGAUCAUCAGCUAGAAGAAGUCACAGUUGUAAAAGAUCUUGGUGUCAUGAUCGAUAACGCACUAAAUUUCACCAAGCACAUUGACAAAAUUACUUCACAGGCAUACAGGACACUCGGGUUCAUUUUCAGAUGUGGUGAUGACUUCAGGAAUGCUGAUACUUUCGUAAGGCUGUACACGACCUUGGUGCGUCCGAUGUUGGAGUACUGUUCAGUGGUUUGGUCUCCCCAUACCGACUGCCUCAUUGACAAAGUGGAGAGAGUGCAGAAGAAACUCUGUAAAUAUGUCGCGUACUUUCUGGGACGUAAAGGAUGGGUCGGAGGCUCGGAGGAGGUUCGUGGUCAAUUUGGGAUUUGUGACCUGAUAAGUCGGAGACAAGUAUCAGAUCUAUUGUUUGCUUUUAAAUCACUAAAUGGAUUAAUCGGAAAUAUUGGAACAAUUCGGAAUUGUAGGCCGUAUGCCUGGUUUGAGGUCGCACAGACUGUUAAAAACAGUUAACUCAUCGAAGAACUACGUGCGGGGUGGACCGAGGAACAGGGUUGUAGACUUAGUAAAUAGACACUAUGAAAAUAUUAAUAUGUUUGGUUGUACAUAUGCGAGCUACGUCUCUAGGGUUAAGGAAUUAGUUAAUAAUGUAUCAAUACAGUAUCAUUAAUGUGUGAUUUGCCUAGUCAUGCGUAUGCCUUCCGUUUUAUUUUUUUAUUUUUGUUACACUUUUCUGUACGAAGCCGAUUGGCGUGAAUAAAUAAAUAAAUAAAUAAACAUCAAA